GUAAAAUGCCUACAUCAAGCCAAGCUAUGAUUUUACGUAAUAUAGAAUCAAAAUACCAUAUACCAUUAAGUUCUUACAGAGCAGGAUCCGCUUCUUUUUUUACGAGGCCUGCAGAGGUAAGCAAUGUAAAUAUCAAUGAUAUGUUUGACAAAGCAUGUUUAAGUCAAGACGUCAAAUAUUUGGAAGCCUAUAUGCAUGGCAAUGAAAAUGAAAUACGUACAAAGAUGAGCAAGAUUUUAAAGUUGAAAGGUUUUAAAUCAGUUUUAUCCUACAACCCGGUUAUAGAUAGCUUUCAAUGGAAAUUCUAUAAAGAAACUGGCGACAUAGUCAGACCGAAAACUGGUUGUUUAGUCCGUAGGAGCGAACAUGAACGAAAUGGCGGAGUUUACAGGGCAAAGUCGGCAGCUGUAGAAGGAAGACAAGUUUCCUUUACAGAUGACAAUAGGGCAGCUUCCGAUUAUAAACUACCUGAAAACAUUCGUUCGUUAGGGUUUCGAGAUCCGUUCAGAGAAAAAGAAGCUAGAGCUAAGCCACCAGCCACUCAUUUGAAAAAGAAUGUUACAGAGAUCAAAGAUAAAGACGAAACUAUCAUUACCACUACAAAGAUGGAAGCCAGUGAGGUCAGUGACCCAGAUAUUGAUAUACUUAAAAGAUCAACAGGUGCCUAUAGGGAUGUCGAAGAAUCGCCGGUUCCACCCAAAAAAUGGGAUACAAGUAAAUAUGAAGACAGAUGUUACCCGGCUACACAUACACUCAAAAUCUGUCCAGAAAAACGCCCCCUUGUGGUGUGCUUCAGUUUACCAGAGAACGAAAAGUAUUCCCACAAAGAGGUCAAAGAUAUGCUUGUGAACGAAUUUAAUUGUGAUAUCUUAAAGCUUCAGUUUGACCCAUUGUCUGUACGGGCUGGCGAUAUUGUUGUCAGAAAUAGAUGGUUGGCGGAAGUUUCAAGCAAAGUGGAAGCUGAUCACAUGGUUCGUGCUGGAUUCAAACUUGAUGACGUCCAAAUUGUUAUAAAAGCCUUAGACGAGGUAACAAGCAGGGAACACCAAACGUAUUUGUAUCUAGAAAAGAUUAGAGGCGAGAAAAGGGACUUGAAAUUACCACUUUCUCUUAAAAAAGCUAAAUCGGCACCCAAAAUUAUGAAAACUGUCAAAUUUGGUUUUGCUUUGCUGAAAUAA